GCACAAAGACCAGUGUGCAGUCGCAGCAGUCUCCUCCACGCUGUGUGUGCGCAGCGCCUGCACAGAUCGCUCCCAUUUGGAACUUAAGCCCACAUUGCAUGAACCUACGUACCUUUACUGCUGUUUUCUCGGCCGUGAACGACCCUCAUUAUUCCGCUGUGGCUGUUUCAAGCAGAUAGUCCGACCCCGAAAACCGUGGGGACCAGUGAAGAGAGAAGCUGCGGGAGUGGUCUGGAAACCUUUGCCAUCAUGAGCAUGCAAACGGUCAACCUUGAUACCUACAGCCUGUCGCUGCUCACGGCCAAAGAGGACAUCCUCAACACCCGGUCCUCCACUAACUGGGCAUUAUUCACAUAUGCUGGAGCCAGCAACAAGGUCAAACUGGCUGACUCAGGAGUGGGUGGAGUGGCAGAGUUGGCAGGGAAGUUCCAUGUGUCUCAGGCCCAGUAUGGACUGUGCAGAGUGGGAAGCGCGGAGACGGGAGGCCACCGGAUUGUUAUGAUCAGCUGGGUCGGCCAAAAUGUGGAUAAAUACCGGAGGACAGAAUGUGCCAGCCACAUUCCAGCCAUCAAAAACUUUUUCAAGGAAGCACAUGCCUUCAUUAGUGCAGAGACGGUGGAGGAUGUGACGGAGGAGAAGAUAAGAGCAGAGCUCAGCAAAACCCAGGCCCAGGCUCCUGCACAGUGGGUGAGGAGGAGCUCCAGGUCUGUGGACAAGGAGGACAUCGUGGGUACAAACUACAGAAAAACUAACGCUGCAAUGGAGAUGAGACUUAUAAACAGAGACUCCUUCUGGGCACGUGCAGAGCGUGAGGAAGAACAGAGGAAAGAAGAGGAGAGGAGACGAGCAGCGGAGGAGAGACGGCGGCUUGAAAGAGAAAGAGUUUUGAAGGACCGAAAGGAUGCAGAAGAGAGAGACAGAAAGAUGAAUGAGAAACUGCAGAUGAUUGAGGAGCAGAGAAGAAAGCAGGCAGAGCAAGAAGAAGCGUUGCGCAGAAAGGAAAAAUUAAGAUGGGAGCAGCAACAAAUGGAGCAUGAGGAGGACAUGAGGGCUCGUCUUAGAAGGAGUGAAUCCAUAGAGAAGGCAGCAGAGGCAGCAGUAUUAGUGUCCCAACGCUCCAUGAACCCAAGGGAGUUCUUCAGGCAGCUGUCGUCAACAUCACAAAGUCCAACCAGCCCUGGAUCCUCCCGCACUGGCAAACCAUUCAGACGAUACCAGCGCAGCCUGACAGACACAGCUUUCAUCUUCUCUAAAGCAGAAGAGAGCACGGCAUCGUCCCCUCGCAGUUCUCCCCUGGUCUCCCCCUUCUCCCGGGCUCCUCCCUCCCCCUUGUAUCGUGCCACAUCUCCCCCCGCGAGCCUCGAUUUCCGCCCUGUCACCUCUCCACAAAGGCCCAGAGCCCCCAUGACACCGCCCACAUCACCACUUCGCCCUGCCCCUCCAGUUUCAGCCCUGCCUGUUGUGCCACCACCUAAGCACCAAGUUCAGCCUGCUGAUGAGCCCAAAGCUCCAUCACCCACAGAACCUUCUGCGCCUCCAGCCUCCCCUAGUCUCUUGGCUUCCUUGUCCCACAGUUUAGAGAAAAAUAUCCCUUCUCAGUCACAUUCGGAGACUUUCCCUCCUUUACCCCCAAAUACCCCAACUGAGCCAGAGCCCUCAACUUUCUGCUUCGAGCCUGUCCUGGCUCCACAGGCUCCAACAGCUCCUCUUCCUGAGAGACCACAGCCAAACACAGAGCUACAUACAGCCACGCAGAUGCACACUGAGCUGGUCUCAGACACUGGCUACAAAGUCCAGGCUGUACUGAUAGAAGAGGAGGAGGAGGAAGACGAGGUGGAGGAGAACGAGGAAGAUAAGGCCGGAACACAACCGCAGCCUUGUGCCUUCACUACAGAACCAGUCCAGAGAGAAGCGGAGGAGCAGGAGCAGGUGGAGGAGAAGUGCGAGCAGGUGCAGGAGUCAUAUGAGCAGGUGGAGGAGAAGUACGAGCAGGUGGAGGAGAAGUACGAGCAGGUGGAGGAGAAAUACGAGCAGGUGGAGGAGAAGUAUGAGCAGGUGAAGGAGACGUACGAGCAGCAGGAGGAGGAGAAGGACGAGCAGCAGGAGGAGGAGAAGGACGAGCAGCAGGAGGAGGAGAAGGACGAGCAGCGGGAGGAGAAGGAUGAGCAGCAGGAAGAGGAGAAGGAUGAGCAGCAGCAGGAGGAGGAAGAGGAGGAGAAGGAGGAGGAGGGAUUAAAACAAGAGGCUGAACCUCCAUCACUAGAGGAGCCUGUGGAAUUGCUGCAGGAGGAAGAAGAAGAGGCAAAGGACGAUAGAGAGCACAACAACCAAUCAGAAGACAGGAAGACAGAAGAAGACAGAAGCCAGGCCCCUGCUGAACCUGCUGAGCUUUUAGAGAAAGAGGAAGAACCAGCAGUUACAGAUGCUGAACCAAUUUGUCAGGAAAUCAAACACGAGACUGUGGUCCUGUCAAGCAACGGGAUCACAAAUGGAGAUGACACACAGGAACAGAAUGGCAUAGAGCGAUCUUUGAGCCCAUCUGACACUGAACUCAGCUCCCCAGAGCUGGGUGUGUGCUACGAUCUCCGUGGCACAGCAGAGGAAGAUGACAUCAAUGAAGAUAAGGAACAGGAGAUCUCAGAAAAUGGACAAGAGGUUUUAGCCGAGCGACAAAUGUGCGUCCGAGCUCUGUAUGACUACCAAGCAGAGGACGAAUCCGAGAUCUCCUUUGAACCUGGUGACAUCAUCAGGGACGUGGAAACGGUGGACAAAGCCUGGUGGAGAGGGUGGAGCAAAGAUGGCCGACAAGGCUUGUUCCCUGCCAAUUAUGUGGAAACCAUAUAGGCAGACAGACUCACACUAGCACACACACAGACACACACAUACACACACAUACACACACUCAGGGACACCUUCACCCCUCAUCUUCAUGCAUGUUUUUACCUUAAUCCUCCCACAGAAUCUUUGUAUUCUCUAUUUUGUAGAAAGGAUAAAGAAAAAAUGUGACUCUAUUUUGAUGUUCUUUGAUAAAAACAAAAUAUUCUCACAAGUAUGCAGAAAUUACCCUGCCUCAUUUUCUUGGAUGAAAUAGUCGAGACCUUUUCCUGGACCAAAAUAACUUAUUUCCUCUUGAGAUACUGUAGGAAUGUUGGUGGGAGGGAUCAGAUCACAAUGACAAACGAUCACAAACUUGCUUUUCUUAUAAGAAACACAAACAGAUUUUUAGAGUGUAUAGUCUUCCUUUUGAUCCACACAUAUAACAAGCCUUCUAUUCUGCUCACCGUUUGCUUUGUGUGUUACAUUGCUAAAAAUUAAUUUACUGCUCUUGACUGGUAUAUAUAAUCAAGAUACAUGUAUCACCCAUCAACAUAUAAUCAUAUUCCUGUAUUUUCCUGAGUUAUUUUAUAGCACUAUAUUUUUUACUGACAGCCUCUUUUAAUUACCCACUGAAAAACAAAACAGCAGCAUAACAAAAGAUUAACAAGCUGAGGAAAAAGGCCUGUACCUGUAUUUCUCUAUCACACUUUGAGACGAGGUUGUAUUUUGUUCAUGUGGUGAUGUCCUUCCAUUCAUUUUGUGAUUAUGUCUGAUAUUGUUUUUUGUUCUAGAUUUUAAGAAAUUAAAGGAUUAUGUUGACACACAGAUGAUAUACAAAAAAUCUUCCAACUUUAAUCUUCUGUAAUAUCUUAAUACAUUACACUGUAUAUAAGAAUGUAUAGAAAAAAACAAAUAUCUUCUCUUUUUCUAUACUUGGCUUGUAUGUUUGUAUGUUGUAUGCUUAUUUGAUUACAUGUAUGUUCUUUGUAUUUACUCCAAACUUACAAAUAUAUAGCAUCUUUAAACUCAAAAGGUUUUAUUAAAAUGUUUUCUUUUCUU